AUGUCAGAUACUCAAAAACCUCAAAAACCCAUUCAAUUUACCGAAUCUGAACUAGACGAUUUAGUUGAAAAAAAAGGUUAUGAAAUAGCCAAUGAGAUUGAGGAUGAAACUUUAGAUAAGUUAAACGAAGAAAUUAAUAUUAUCGAUGAACUAGAGUCUGUCUACAAGACAAAAUUAUUCCUGUUGAAAGAUUUAGAGAAACAAAUCAAACUGCGAUUUCCAAACAAAUAUGAAGCGUUUGUGAAGAAUAUGACUGGGAUUAAGACUGGAUCCAGUUUUCAACAUCGUAAAAUUUACGAUAAAUUAAAUGAACCAAAUACCAAGAAUGCCUUUACUCAAGAAGAAAUUGAAAAGUUCCUUGAUAUGAAGAAUUACGAGGUUGCAACAGAAAUUGAAAAGAAAGCUUAUGAGAAGGCUAUUAGCGACAAAACAUCACGAAAAAUAUUCUUGAAUAAAUACUUGAAGUUAUGUAAUCGUUACGAUCAAAAGUUAAAAAAUACUGAAAAAAGAUUACCAAACAGUAGGAAUCAUCCAUAUUGGUCAGAAGUAAAAGAUAUUAAAGAUAACAUUGCGGGAGCUAAAACAGCUUACAGUUUCACGCCCAAAAAUAUUCAAAAGGCGCUUGAUGAACUUGAUAAUUAA